AUGUGGGCUGUACAAGGUACGAGCACAGCAACAACGUCCUUCGCAAUCUUUGUCACACUGCUCCCAGAGCGUCAAGGGGUGCGUCGGUUGCGUCCCGGAAUCUUUCACUUUUCGCCUUGUCACUGGACCCCAGCGCUGAUCACCUGCCACACAAGACCCAAGAAGCUAUUGCAAACUCUCAAAGCCGUGAUGUUCAAAUCGGCGCCCAAGGGAAACUGGAUGGGAACAAAACCACAGGGGAGUGGUAAGCCACGCGAAGACAAUAACAAGAGGAAGCUGUUUGUCGCAGGCAUCGGCAGCGAGGCGCGAGAGGAGGAUGUCCGGAACAUGUUUCGAGAGUAUGCCGUCGACAGCGUCUUCCUGAAAUGCGAAGGAGAAGCGAAAGCACACUGCUUCGUGACCUUCGAGACGGAGGCCGUGAUGCAGGAAGUGCUGAGGAACGCUGCAAAGUUCUGGCUGAACGGGCGGCUGGUCACCAUCCGCAACGUCAAUGUGCGACCCGACAACGGCCCUGGUGGUGGCAGGAGUCCCGGAGCUAACACGUAUGGGGACGGCGGCGACGGCACCAGCACCACGCCGUUGCACGCUGGGAGGGACCAGCAUCAGGGCAGUGACGACAAGUCCAGGGAACUGUUUGUUGGUGGGCUGCCCAAUGACAUCACUGAGGAGGACUUACAUCGGCUCUUCGAGCAGUUUGGCAUCGAGAAGGUAGUGCUGAAGAAGCCGGACAACAGCGCAAAGAGACCUUUCGCCUUUGUGACGCUGCGUGAGGUGGCGGCAGUGGCGGCGGCCACGACCCAGAUGAAUGGCCAUCAGUUUCUGGGGCGGAGAAUCAACGUGGCAACCGCCAACAGAGGCGGUGGUGCUCCUUCGUCAAGAGCCGCGUCGCCCCCAUCAACGCCGUGGGGACAAGCUCCAUCGUCAUCGUCAGAGCGCGUGUCCAUUAAAGCUGAUUCCCGGGAAGGUGCUUUGGUGGAGCGGCGCCCUUCAGAUGUUGCGAUGGCUCCGCCCACACUGGAGAACAUGCCUGACGACGAUCAUCCGGUGGAAGAAGGUUGCUUGAACAACGGCCCACCUGCCCUGGUAGUCUGCACUGAAGACCCUUUGGAGACCUCGUCAAACUCUUCAGAACCUGUGACGCCAAGCCUUCAGCCGGGGGCUGGAGAGGAAUGCCGUGAGAUUUAUGUGGGAAAUCUGAGGCACGGGACAACCCAGGCCGAUCUGGAAGCCAUGUUGCAGAAGUAUGGGGUGGCCAGCGUGAGCAUGAAGAGCAAGGGCUCGUUCGUCUACGCCUUUGUGGAACUCGCAAGCGAAGACGGAGUGCAGGCGGCCAUUCGAGACCUUCACGGCGCCCUCAAUGCAGACGGAAAGCCGAUGGCCAUCCGCAGGAGCAACCCGUCGGCCAAGAUCAAAUCUUUUGCAGCUAAGGCAUCUUCUAAGGCACCGCCUAGCACAGGUCCUAAUACGGUCAACCAGAACUCUUCCACAUUCCUGAACAAGAACAAGGUGUAUGUUGCCAAUCUUCCCUGUGGAACCACAAAGCACGAUGUUGAAGAGCUGUUUUCGAAGUACAACACGAAGGACAUUCUCCUGGUGACCAAGGGAAUUCACCCGUAUGCGUUUGUCACGCUGGGCUCCACGGCUGCGUUUGAGAGCGCCCUGCAGGAGUUGCAAGGGGUGGAAUACAAGGGGAGCAGACUGUACGUGGGAUUGCCGCUCAAGGAGUGGACGCCUUCCAAAGACCACGCAAGCCACAAGCCAUCAAAGGGGGCCCCUUCCAAAGAGCAGCAGGCCACGCUCCUCGUUUUCAACUUCCCCUUCAACACCUCUCGGAACGACAUUCUGGAGCUGCUGUCUUGUUGGGAGCCACUGGAAGUGCGGAUGGAAGAGGUGCAACGUUCUCCGGAUGCCUACACCCACGCCCACGUCACGCUCGGGAGCCUGGAGGCGGCGGACGACGCAGUUCUCAGUCUGGACGAGACCCCGUUCCGCGGACGGCUGUUGGGAACGGCGAUCCUCAGGAAGGGAGCCAAGCCGUCGGAUCAGCACUAGACCGACUCGGAGCCACCUGGGCGUCUUCACCGCAAACUCCUACCCCUGCACCCAAGGUCGUGAGUGAAUUGUGGGUGUGCGUGCAAGAAGACGGCGUGUUCCGACAACCAGUGCGUGUCAUCAACCUUAGUAGUGUGUUCCACCCGAAACCAAAAGACUGGGAUGUCUGGCAGCCCGUCGAAGCUGCGACUGCUGACAUUUGUUUGCCGGACUUUUCCUCGGCAAAAGGUUACUUUCCAAGAUUUGUUGGAUGUCCGUUAGUUGCGGGAAGUCGUCACGGCCACCUUAGAAAAGUGCCGCGUCGGCAGUUGCCGUCAACGACGAAGUCCACGCGGCUCUCUUUUUUCAGCGCCGUUCGGUACAACGGGUAGGAAACAAAUGAGGUACGCACAAACAUAGACAACUAUAUUUCUUCAUUGCAAAAGGGGAGAGAAAGCCACUUGUAAGUACACAAGCGGUUUCUCCGUUGCGAGUUUUUUUAUGUACAAAAAUGGCUGGACGGUCGUAUCCAGCGUUUGUUCAAAAGGGGCAGUGCUGUGUAGUUGGUUUUUGUACUUGACAACAAACAAUCGAUGCAGAAGAGUGCGAAGUGUGCACAAAGGAUGCGCGACGGUGCAAGUGGAGGCGGUGCUGCGACGAAAAUGCACGUCUGCCCGCGGUCUUCGCAGCCGAGACACGUUUCGCCACAUGCCCCACCUUGUUCUCUCUCUAUAAUAAAAUACUUUGAAAGCUAA